CAAGAGGCAGGCAAGUGUCAGGCUGAUGUGCCGACUGAGAGGGGCCGGGAGCUGGACCGGGACCGGCGGGGCCAUGCGCGCGGGCUGGGCUGGGGUCCGGCAGGGCGCCGAACAGAGCCUCCUCGGAGCCUGAGCGAGCUGCAAUCGGGGCCGGGGGGAGAACAGGACUGAGCAGAGCAGAACAGAGCCGGGAGGAGAGGGGGGCGGGAGCGGUGAUGCGGCGCCGGCGGGCCGCCGUGGCCGCGGGCUUCUGCGCCUCCUUCCUGCUUGGCUCUGUCCUCAAUGUGCUCUUCGUGCCGGGAUCGGAGCCACCUCGGCCAGGCCAGCCCCCCGGCCCCUCCCCAGCCCCGGCCCCGGGCCGUCGCGGGGGCCGAAGUGAGCUGGCGCGCCAGAUCCGGGCGCGCUACGAGGAGGUGCAGCGCUACACUCGGGGGGGACCCGGGCCCGGCGCGGGCCGGCCGGAACGGCGGCGCCUCAUGGACCUGGCCCGAGGCGGCCCAGGCCUGCAGCGUCCUCGGUCCCCUCGAGUUCCCCGGACCCGAACCCCGCCCGACGGCACCCUGGGCUGGCCCCCAGCCCCUGACCCCCCGCGCUUGGGCUGCGCCGCGCUCCGCAACGUGUCCGGGGCGCAGUACGUGGGCUCCGGCUACACCAAGGCAGUGUAUCGGGUCCGCCUGCCUGGCGGCGUCGCCGUGGCGCUCAAGGCCGUGGACUUCAGCGGCCACGACCUGGGCAGCUGUGUCCGAGAAUUCGGGGCUCGGCGGGGCUGUUACCGGCUGGCAGCGCAUAAACUGCUUAAGGAGAUGGUGCUGCUGGAGAGGCUGAGGCACCCCAAUGUGCUACAGCUCUAUGGCUAUUGUUACCAGGACAGCGAGGACAUCCCAGACACACUGACCACCAUCACAGAGCUCGGUUCCCCUGUAGAGAUGAUCCAGUUACUGCAGACCUCCUGGGAGGACCGAUUCCGAAUCUGCCUGAGCCUUGGCCGUCUGCUCCACCACCUUGCCCAUUCACCACUGGGCUCAGUGACGCUGCUGGAUUUCCGGCCUAGACAAUUUGUUCUUGUGGAUGGGGAGUUGAAGGUGACUGACCUGGAUGAUGCCCGGGUGGAUGAGACACCUUGUGAAAGUUCUGGGGAUUGUGUUCUUGAGUUUCCAGCCAGGAACUUCACCCUGCCCUGCUCAGCCCAGGGCUGGUGCCAGAGUAUGAAUGAGAAGCGGAACCUAUACAAUGCCUACAGGUUUUUCUUCACAUAUCUCCUACCCCACAGUGCCCCCCCUUCCCUUCGGCCACUGCUGGACAGCAUCGUCAAUGCUACAGGAGAGCUCACCUGGGGAGUGGAUGAAACACUGGCCCAACUGGAGAAGGUUUUGCAUCUCUACCGGAGUGGGCGGUACCUGCAGAAUUCAACUACAUCCCCUCGAGCCGAGUACCGACGGGUCCCAGACACGACUAUCCCACAAGAGAAUUACCAUUGUUGGCCUUCUUACCACCAUGGAGGUUGUCUCCUCUCUGUAUUCAGCCUGGCUGAGGCUAUGGACGUCUGUGAGAGUCAUUCCCAGUGCCGGGCCUUUGUGGUCACCAACCAGACUACCUGGACAGGUCGACAGCUUGUCUUCUUCAAGACUGGUUGGAGCCAAAUAGUCUCUGAUCCUAACAAGAUCACCUAUGUGAGGGCGUCUGCCUGAGCAGCCUGAGGGCUUACCUGACCUUGGCCAUCAGCCCCAGAGCCCAUGGUGGGCGGGGAGGACAUCAUGGAGCAGACAGACAUGACCAGGACACACGUGCAAUAAAUCAAAAUGUAAAAAUGUGAGUUUAACAGACUGAUGAUGGUGAUGGCGGCAGUCCCUGCCAAGAACCCUGUGCACAGACUAAUGGGGGUGGGGAGAGAAACCUAGGCAAUGCUGGAAUGAGCCGCUGGGGCUGAAAUCAGGGGGGACAGGCCAGCCUGCUGGGACCCUGGGAGAGAGCCUCCUUAGCGGUUCGCCUUGUCCUUUGCUAAGACAAUCCUGUGGGUGGCUCUGUUCCCCCAGUUGUUGCCAUAGCGUCACAAUCACUGCCUUGAUAACCCAAGAAUGUAGGUGGAGGCCAUGCUGCUUCCCCCCUUCUGAAUGGGGGCCUCUGUGUGGACAAUCAGCCACCUCACUUGCUCUCUGUGAAUCGAGAUUUGGCCUUGAGAGCUGGGCCAUAAGUAGAUAUGUAUCUGAGCUAUUUCCUAAGGGGAUGCUGUGGUUGCCCUCUAUGACCUCAAGAGGUUAGGGAUGGGGGAAAUGUACCAGUAUGAGCCGAAAUGUGGGGGGAUUGGGGAUGGGGUUGUAGCAUGAGCCACGAGCCAGGACAUGGGACUAGAGCUUGCCUCAUUUUGCUUUCAAUGAAAGCAGCAAAGCAGCAAUGCCCAGACUCUCCCUGUCUUGGAGUUUGUACAUCCAGAAGCUUUUGUACUUCUUGUUAAUUAAAUUGUUUAUUUUUGUAAGAAAAAUAAAAAUAAAACGAAUCCA